AAGACCGCUACAUUCUGAGCAAGUCGCAGAGGAAGGACGGACUCCGGCGGAGCUGGAUUCUUCUCAAACCCCAACAACACCAGACCAUCUGCGAUUUAUCCUCUUACAUCCUCCACCUUUUUCGUCUUCAUCACUCUUGCCCCCAUGGCCUCAUCCUCUCCAUGGAUGGUUUUGUUUUGCCACCUUUUGAAUCAACUUGUGUUUUGAAUGACAAAGACAUUAUCAGUGUGCAGAAGAAAGGAGGAACCUUGACUGAGCUGAUUGAGGCGGGUGAUGGUGUGAAUUUUUUGGAGGGGGAGGAAGUUUUGGAGAGGCAGCCUGUAGUUCCGGUUGUGAAGCUUUUGUCUAAUGAGGAAUUUGAUAAGGAGACAGGAGGCCAUGACAGUGAACAGUUGGAAGAUGCGGUGGUGGUGAAAGCUACGCCUUUCAGGAGCACGGUUUUAAAGAAAAGGAAGGCAUCAGAGAAACUUCCAAGUUCAAAGAAGAAGAAGAAAAAGAAAAGUAAAUUUGCCAAUGCUGAGACCUCUCCAGCUGCUCUUGAAGUUGCUGAAAUUGAUGUCGGUCAGGAUAGAAACAGAAGCUCUCCUCAUAGAAACGUUCUUUUGAAGAAAAAGGAUGGUCAGGAGGAUAAUUCAGAUGAUAUACCAAGAGAAACAGAGAAGUCAUGCAGUUCAAAUGAAUCAGAUCCUGAAAAAAGAAGUGAUGAAAUUAGUAAAUCUUUGCCUGAUUCAAAGAGGUUCUGUCAAAUUCAAGAAAAAGGCAAAGGAAAUGUUGAUGUAUCUCAGACACCUGGUGGAGCUAAAAAGUUCCCUAGUAGGAGUGCACGCCGUAAGAAGGCCAAAAGGCUGUGGUUGAGAGAGCAAGCCAGACUUGAAAAGGAGCUGCAACAGAAGCAAUUGCUUGAAAAAGAUAAUCAGCAAUUGCCUUCAAAAGAUAAUUUCAAAGUUUCUGAAGAACAUCAACAGCCAGUUCAAAAUGGUGAACAUGAUGCAGAGGGUGAUACUGAUAGUGAUGCAGAGGAUAAUGUUGUUCCCAUAGUGGUUAGGCCAGGACACAUUCGCUUUGAACCUCUUGAUGAAGAUGAAGAUCAAUCUGUCUGGCAAAAUCAAUUUUCAGUGGGAACUUUUCAAUGGAAUGGAAUAAACAGCAAGAAGAAGGGUCAAAAGUGGGGCAAAGAGAAAAUUGUGUCCUCAAAAAGGAACAAUAAUAGAAAUUUCAGUCAAGCAUGUUCUGAAGAGGUUACUGUUGAGGAAGAGAUGCCUGUAAAUAAUCAAAUGGAAUUUGAUAAGCUUCUGCCUUAUUCUAGCUUACCAAAGGAGGGAGAUAUGGUUGCUUAUCGUCUGAUUGAGCUAUCGUCAUCUUGGACCCCUGAACUGUCCUCCUGCCGGGUUGGAAAAAUAUCACACUAUGACAGUGUAUCCAAUAGGAUUAAGCUGGCACCAGUUGCAGAAUAUCCGAUCACUAACAAGGAGAAUACAGAUGAGGAGGCAUCUGGACUACAACCAGAUACAUCUCUGUAUGCAGAAGAUGGUUCAUUAGAGAUAGGUUAUUCAUCACUAGUUGAUGUCCGUCUUGUCAAGCUUGGCAACUCAAAUUCUGCAAAAUCAGUCCCUGGUGGAGCCAAUGAAAAUUGUGUGUAUGUUCAAGAUGCUGUAACUAGUACAAGGCCUGACAACAGCAUGGUAGUAGUCCCUGUCCCUGCUGCCUCCACCCCUGCCCCUCCAAAAGAAAAUGGAACAACAAAUGCAUGGGAAGAGAUUGCCCAGGCUUUGAAUGCAAAGAAGGCAGAGCUUUCCAAGGAGGAUGAAUGGAGUAAUACCAAGAGUUCUGGCAAGAGUCCAUGGUCAUAUAGGGCUCUUAGAGGCAGCGCCCUGGGCCCCACUAUGGCUAUCUUAAGAGCACAAAAUGAAAUAUGAGAAACAAGGCUGUCCUUGCAGCACUGGUGCAAGUCUCGCAUGGUACUUAGAGACUAGGGAUUAAAUUUUAAAAUCAAGGCUAAGAAUAUAGAUAACUCUACUAUCAGAUCACAUGAUUGAUAAUAGUGUCUCGUGUGAUAGGUUUUACUUAUCCUCAAGGGAUAAAAGCUACGCAAAUUUUGCUUGUGUGCAAAGCUUCUAUGGUGAUUUCAUGCCAAAGUUUUUAUGUAGAAUACUCAUUUUCUAGUGGUAAAUUAUUAAAGAAAUACUCAAGUGUCUU